UUCCUGUGCGGGGAGAGAGGCAAAUACACUUGGUUCCCAGAUACCAUAUACUGUCACAGAUACGAUGUUGGAAUCCAGACCCCAGACCCAGCAGAGGAACAACCACAGUGGUCAGGAGACUAGCUUGUGGUCCUCGGGCUUUGGGAUGAAGCUGGAGGCAGUCACUCCAUUCCUGGGCAAGUAUCGCCCCUUUGUGGGUCGUUGCUGCCAGACUUGUACCCCUAAGAGCUGGGAGUCCCUCUUCCACAGAAGCAUUAUGGAUCUGGGCUUCUGCAAUGUGAUUCUGGUGAAGGAGGAGAACACCAGGUUUCGGGGAUGGCUGGUUCGCAGGCUCUGCUAUUUUCUUUGGUCCUUGGAGCAACACAUACCAACCAGCUGUGAUGCCUCACCAAAGAUCAUGGAAAGCACUGGGGUGCAGAACCUCCUCUCAGGAAGGGUACCAGGAGGGGCUGGGGAAGGCCAGGCACCCAGCCUUGUGAAGAAAGAGGUGCAUCGCCUCCUGGGCCACAUUCAGGCCCCACUUCACCCCUUCCUGCUCAGGUUGUUCAGCUGGGCACUGCUUUGGUUCCUGAACCGUCUCUUCCUGAAUGUGCAGCUCCAUAAGGGGCAGAUGAAGAUGGUCCAUAAAGCCACCCAGGUAGGCUCGCCACUCAUCUUCCUCUCUACUCACAAGUCACUCAUGGAUGGGAUCCUGUUGCCAUUUGUGUUGCUGUCCCAGGGCCUGGGUGUGCUUCGUGUGGCUUGGGACCCCUGCACCUGUUCUCCUGCUCUUAGAGCUCUGCUGAGAAAACUUGGAGUGCUUUUCCUGCCCCCAGAGGCCAACCUCCCUUUGGACAGCUCAGAGGGUAUCCGUGCAAGGGCUGUAGUCCGUGCAACUGUGGAACAGCUGCUGGUCAGUGGACAGCCCCUGCUCAUCUUCUUGGAGGAGCCCCCGGGCCACCCAGGGCCCCGGCUCUCAGCCCUGGGCCAGGCUUGGCUAGGGUUGGUGGUCCAGGUGGUCCAGGAGGGCAUCAUCCCAGAUGCCAUGUUAGUGCCAGUGGCCAUUACUUAUGACCGGGUUCCAGAUGCACCAAGUGAUAUGAACCACGCCUCAGCUCCCCUGGGACUGUGGACAGGGGCUCUGGCUGUCCUGCGGAGGCUGCACAAGUGCUGGGGCUGCAGCAGCAGAGUCUGUGUCAGGGUGCACUUUGGCCAGCCAUUCUCCCUCCAGGAAUACACCAUCAAUGCCAGAAGCUGCUGGGAUGGCAGGCAGACCCUGGAACACUUGUUGCAGCCCAUUGUGCUGGGCCAAUGUUCUGUUGUCCCAGACACUGAAAAGGAGCAGGAGUGGACACCGACAACUGGGCUUCUCCUGGCCCUCAAGGAAAAAGACCAGCUCCUCGUCAGGAGACUGAGUCAGCAUGUUCUUAAUGCCAGUGUGGCGAGUGCGGCAGUGAUGAGCACAGCCAUCAUGGCGACGCUGUUGCUGUUCAAGCACCAGAAGGGUGUGGCUCUGUCCAAGCUCCUGGGGGAGUUCUCCUGGCUGACAGAAGAGACACUGCUGCGUGGCUUUGAUGUGGGCUUCUCUGGGCAGCUGCGGUGCCUGACAAAACACACACUCAGCCUGCUGCGGGCACACGUGGUCUUGCUGCGCGUCCACCAAGGGGAUUUGGUUGUGGUGCCAAGGCCUGGCCCAGGCCUCACAUAUCUGGCACGUCUUAGCGCAGACCUGCUUCCUGCGUUUCUGAGUGAAGCUGUGGGUGCGUGUGCAGUGCGGGGGCUGCUAGCAGGCAGGGUACCACCUGAGGGGCCCUGGGAGCUGCAGGGCAUAGAGCUGCUGAGCCAGAAUGAACUGUACCGCCAGAUCCUGCUGCUGCUGCAUCUGCUGCCUCAAGACCUGCUGCUGACAAAGCCUUGCCAGUCUUCCUACUGUUACUGUCAGGAGGUGCUAGACCGGCUCAUCCAGUGUGGGCUCCUGGUUGCUGAGGAGACUCCAAGCUUCCGUCCAGCCUGUGACACAAAGAGAAAGCACCUGAGUGCAAAGCUGCUGUGGAAACCAAGCGGGGAUUUUACUGACAGUGAUAGUGACGACUUCCAGGAGACUGAAGGCCGUUGCUUCAGGCUUAGCCAGCAGUCUCGCUGCCCUGACUUCUUCCUCUUCCUCUGCCGCCUCCUCAGCCCCAUGCUGAAGGCCUUCGCACAGGCUGCUGCCUUCCUCCACCAGGGGCAGCUGCCAGAUACUGAGGCAGGCUACUUGGAGCAGUUGUUCCAGUUUUUGAAGGCCAGUGCCCAGGAAGAAGGGAUGUUUGAGUAUGCAGACCUAACCCUUGCUCUCAGUGCUGUUUGGACCUUCAAAGACCUGGGGGUACUGCAGGAAAUACCCAGCCCUGCUGGACCCCAGCUCCACCUGUCCCCUACAUUUGCUAACCGGGACAAUCAGGACAAGCUGGAACAGUUCAUCCGGCAGUUCAUCUGCAGCUAGGACCAGAACAGAACUUUUUGAGAUUUCUUGGCCCAGGACUUGGCUGUUGUGGAGCUGGAGGACUCAAGGAAGCUUCAUGCUAAGCUGAACUUGCCUGUGCUUGAAUGUCUCUUGCUUUCUCCAUCCUCUA